CUCUUUACACCUUUAGAGUUUUAUUUCUGGUCCAAAGAAAACGAACGAACCCUAACUCUGACAUGGAAGGAGAGCUUCAAGAAGACUGGGAAGUGGUGAUCGAGAGGUCUGGAACUACUACUCAGGAGGGGGAGGAUCCGAAGAGCUUGGAGGAGAUUGAAGAUGGCACGCAAGGUAUGGUUACCUUCGAUUACUUCUCUAUCGAGAACUCAAACUGUGUUGAUGCGAUCGAUGAAGAUGUGUCUGUUCAAUCGGGUAGUCCAGGCUGGAUCGAACCUAGCUCCGACGCUCCCUAUGGCCCUAAGCUUUUUAGCGAGUUAUGGUCGGAUUCCAGCAGCGAUCGGCUCGAUGAUGAUGUGAACAACGAGUUGGGUUUGGAGAAAUCAGAGAAAGAGAAGCACUUGGAGAAAGAUCAAUAUGGGUCUGAGGAAGGAUUUGAUACGGAGAGAGAAGAGGAAUCGCCAGUUUCAGUAGUAAAAGGAAAGUCUGUUUCUAUUGAUUCAUCUGGUGGUGGAGGAGAAGAAAGGGUAUUUGUGUGGUGGAAGAUUCCGAUUGAUGUUUUCAAGUAUUGUGUUUUCAGAGUUAAUCCUAUCUGGUCUUUCUCCAUGGCAGCAGCAGUGGUGGGGUUUGUUAUGUUAGGGCGCAGAUUGUAUAAUAUGAAGAAGAGGAAGAGCUCUACCUUGCAGCUUAAGGUCUUCCUUAAUGAUAAGAAGGUGGCGAAUCAUGCUGCUCGGUUGAAUGAAGCAGCAAUCUCAUUAGUGAAACGUGUGCCCAUAAUCAGGCCAGCACUCCCAUCAUCGGUGGUGGGUAUGAACCAGUGGCCUAUGAUGAGUUUAAGGUGAAAUAUAAUGCAUAUAUAUGCAAGAUAAAUGAUUGAUGUGGUUGGCAUGUAUCAUAUGAUUGUGUUAUAUGACAAGUCUCAGAAUGGUACAAAAUAUGCUUGUAAGUUUUUACUGUGUGUGUAUAUAAAUACUUUUACUU